UUGCGCCUCUCCAGUUUCAACCUAUGCGCCUGAAUCCGGCCUGGAACGCCGCUGGGAUUCACGAGGGACGUGCCAAAAAAAAAGUCACGAAAAAAAAAAAAGAAUUACAUAGACAAAAGUCCGUUUUGGCCACCGACUCCGCGCAGCGCGCCUCGGGGUGGUCAGACUACAGCAUCCGGAUUUCUCAUUGUUACGAAAACGUUUUUUCUUCUUUCCUGCCGGGGUUUCUGGUCAUCCAUGUUCUUUUAUUUGAAAAAACUCUUGUCAGCAUUUCUACGGCGAGUGCAGAUUUGCGAUGGUUCUGGAUCUGUUUUGAUUUGUGGUCCACCCAUUAUGAGUGGGCUGAUGGGAUGGUGUGUGUGGUUUUAUCUGGCGUCCAAUCAUAGACUUGGGCAUGUGCUUUGUCUUUGCUGCUGUUUGUUGGCUCGCAUCUUCGACGAGUCCCAAAAGAUCUUACGGGGAGGGAUUCCGUUGACUCUUGAUUCCGACUUGCAUGUUUCUUUCUGUGUCCAGUCCCGACUUGCAUGGAGGAUGAGUGUGUUCGGGUUUUUAUUGCAUCACCGUCACGGCCGUUUCCAAUCCGCAUGUCAUCCAGUCGAUCAUUUCGUGGCUGGGUUGCAUGCAGAUCCCGACCGCGGUCUGGAGGCCUCCUGCUGUGUUGGAGCCUCUCUGGACGGGCGGUUGGUCGACCUGCCUGGAUGCACGCCCCUGGUCCGCCCUCAGAUGUUCCAUACGUCGGUUAUUUGCUUGUUCUGUCCAUGGUGCCGCGUGCAUUUUCUCUCUUGUUGUAUCUGGUCCCGGAGUCUGGAGACGAGGGAGGCCGUGGAGCCCCCGCGUCGGGCGUGAUGGACUGGUUGUCACUUAUGGGAGCCCCCGGGGGAACAAAAAGCUAGAAUAUAGACAGCCAGUGAUUCGGAGUUGAACGAGAAAUAACACGGGCGAUUAUCCGAUGUUCCAGGGAGGACUGGUAGAGAUGUAGAGGUAGACAGGAUUUAGCCGCGGCCAUGUGGCAUUGGAAGCCAGCCAGCCUUUGGUCCGAAGAGGGGAGAAGAGGGGAGA